CACCUGUAGAGAGGUCGAAUCCGGGCAUCUGAAGGGCUAGGGGGUCCCUGAGAUCCCAAAUACUUUGGACCCGGGGUCCAGCGUCUCUUCUGCAGAUGUCAUGGAGCUGGAUGUGUCUUCACCUCAUCUCAGCAGCUCCCCGGAAGACCUGUGCCCAGCUCCUGGGACCCCUCCUGGGACUCCCCUGCCUCCUGAUGUCCCCCUUUCAGGGGAGGUGAAGAGGUCACAGCCUCUGCCCAUCCCCCCCAGCAGUAGGAAACUUCGAGAGGAGGAGCUUCAGGCCACCUCUCUACCAUCCAUCCCCAAUCCCUUCCCUGAGCUCUGCAGCCCUCCAGCUCAUUCUCCCAUCCUUGGAGGGUCCUCCAGUAUGAGGGGACUGCUCCCAAGAGAUGUGAGCCGCCUCCAUGUAGUGAAGGUGUACAGCGAGGACGGGACCUGCCGGUCUGUGGAGGUGGCUGCCAGCACCACAGUUGGCCAUGUGUGUGAAAUGCUUGUGCAGAAAGCUCACGCCUUGAGCGAUGAGAGCUGGGGACUAGUGGAAUGCCACCCCCAGCUAGCACUGGAGCGGGGUUUGGAGGACCAUGAGUUUGUGGUUGAAGUACAGGCAGCCUGGCCUGUGGGUGGAGACAGCCGUUUGGUCUUUCGGAAAAACUUCGCCAAGUAUGAACUGUUCAAGAGCUCCCCACACUCCCUGUUCCCAGAAAAGAUGGUCUCUAGCUGUCUGGAUGUACACACAGGUGUAUCCCAUGAGGACCUCAUCCAGAACUUCCUGAAUGCUGGCAGCUUCCCAGAGAUCCAGGGUUUCCUGCAGCUGCGGGGCUCAGGCCGCAAGCUUUGGAAACGCUUCUUCUGUUUCCUGCGCCGCUCUGGACUAUAUUACUCCACCAAAGGCACCUCAAAGGAUCCAAGGCACCUGCAGUAUGUGGCAGAUGUAAACGAGUCCAACGUGUAUGUAGUAACUCAGGGCCGCAAGCUCUAUGGGAUGCCCACGGACUUCGGCUUUUGUGUCAAGCCCAACAAGCUUCGAAAUGGCCACAAGGGGCUUCACAUCUUCUGCAGUGAAGACCAACAGAGCCGCACCUGCUGGAUGGCUGCCUUCCGCCUCUUCAAGUAUGGGAUGCAGCUGUACAAGAAUUAUCAGCAGGCCCAGUCUCGCCACCUGCGCCCAUCCUAUUUGGGUUCCCCGCCUCUGAGGAGCGUCUCAGAUAAUACGCUGGUGGCUAUGGACUUCUCUGGCCAUGCUGGACGUGUCAUCGAGAACCCCCGGGAAGCUCUGAGUGCAGCCUUGGAGGAGGCCCAGGCCUGGAGGAAGAAGACAAACCAUCGCCUCAGCCUGCCCACUCCCAGCUCUGGCACGAGCCUCAGUGCAGCCAUCCACCGCACACAGCCCUGGUUCCAUGGACGCAUCUCCCGGGAGGAAAGCCAGCGGCUUAUUGGGCAGCAGGGCCUAGUGGAUGGCCUGUUCCUGGUACGGGAGAGCCAGCGGAACCCACAGGGCUUUGUCCUGUCCUUGUGCCACCUGCAGAAAGUCAAGCAUUAUCUCAUUCUCCCAAGCGAGGAUGAGGGCUGCCUCUACUUCAGCAUGGAUGAUGGCCAGACGCGCUUCACGGACCUGCUGCAGCUUGUGGAGUUCCACCAGCUGAACCGAGGCAUACUGCCCUGCCUGCUGCGCCACUGCUGCACGCGCGUGGCCUUCUGAGGCCACUUGAGCGGUCUCCGUUGGUGGCAGGUUUGCCACGGCCCCUCAUGCAGUGAACUGGGGAGAUGCUGGGAGUGGGGAUGAAUGAUUGAGGGGCUUCUCCCACUCCAGUUUUCUCCUUUAAACCUUUGCCUCCAUCAGGCAGAAUCCUCCCUCCCCCAUCCACACAUCCACCCUGGCCAUCCUCAUCCUGUUCCUCAGAGGCACACGCUUGGGGAGCCCUGUCCCCCAUUGUGGAGUUCUGGGAUAUGAUGAGAGAAAUGGCCACAGCCCAGGUGGUCUCAUGCCCCACCCUUUAUACAGACUGAGAGGCCAGUUGAUCUGCUCUGUUUUAUACCAGUGACAAUAAAGACUAUUUUUUGAUAAA